CUUUCCUCAACUGAAUUUAUCCAACAUGCCUCAUCCUCCUCCCUCUCCUGAUCGUACAAGUACUCAUCAACACCCACUACUCGAUCCCCCUCCGCCGGAAGAAACAUGGCAAUCAAUCAGAUCCCACGCAUCAUUGGCUUCCAAAUUCUGCGCUCGCUCAAUCUCCUCAUUUCCUCUGCGGGCGACAAUGACCUUUUGAAUAUAGCCAAGGACUUUUUCUGGGGUCUCCCCGAUCAAGAAGCAGGCAUCCCAGAUGCCCUGUUCUACACAUAUAUGAUCGAUACAGUCAUAAACAGCCUCAUUGACUAUUAUCUCAGCCACGUGGUCGCAAUUAUGCUGAUUCUCGAAAGCGAGAGGCUACAUGCUACCAACCAGAGUACAGCUGACUUCGUCAAUGACAGCAUCCAGAAUCAACCGACUACUCGCAGCUUGACCCGAGCUUCUUCGUUCCUGUAUCGUAUGGGUGGUCUGCGGAUGUUCUUAAAAGGUCUCCAGACGGGACUCGUGUACCGCGCUGUCCACUUUGCCCUCACAAGUCUAUUACAGAUGGUACUCUUCCGACAUGAUCUUCUCAGGCCCAUCGCGCAUGUCAUAUCUACCGUGGUUUUAGCGGAACUCCACAUGGCCUGGACACACGCCACUAUAUCCGCAACCUCAUCCACAGGGUCUUUGUUAAAACUGCGCCACAAUCACAAAGCAUGGAGGAAGCUACUCACACCAUCCUUGGUCUGCGCUGCAGCCCGCGCAGUAAUCGAUUAUCUUCCCGAUGCCGCUGACUCUUCAUUCAACCUAUUCUUCAAGCAGACCAGCACACAUGACCCCUCAGAACAUUAUAUUGCAUACUUUGAAGUAUCAACCAUGUUACCAACACUUAUCCUUCGCAUGAUUGUCAUGCUCCCGGCUUCUAUUGCAUUGAUCUUAGUAGAAGCGAGCUUUCUCCCCGAAACGGAGACCACAAUCGUUCCUUCCACUCAGGGCCGGAGAGCAAGGAUGUCUGCAUUGGUCUGGGGAAAGAUCAGCAAAGUUCGAUCGGGUUUUCCUGGUGUUUAUGGGCUUGUACGGGGUUCCACAUUCUUCUGGCUGUGGGAGCUGCAUGCUAAGCGGUGUCUACUACAGUCUGUGGUUGAUAUUAUCAGCAUGUGGUUGGAGGGUGGAUUCGAAUAAAAGGUAUCCCACAAUAAUUCUGGCACUGUAGCUCAGGGCCGCUCGUCCUGGUUUCCUCGAGAGGGGCAGACAGAGAACAGAAGGGAAGGGAAUAAAGCAAGAAAAGUACUUUCAAUGGUGAUGUAUAUGCGCAAAAACCCGAAGGGCACCGAGGAUAUUGUAGUAAUACAUAUAUAGCUAAACAAGCCAAGGCCGGCAAUCAACCUGCUAUUGACCUUUGAGUCGUGGUUCCUAAG